AUGGACAGUGACAUAAUCGACGAAGAAUUUGUGUACGGCAAAAAUAUUGAAAAGAUAAAGAAAAAAAAAGCGCUAAUCUUAGAUUGCCUAAAAAGUGUAACAGACCCAGAUUUAAAAAAGAAUAUUGUUGAGUUAAAUUUUGUUCGUAAUUUAAAAAUAAUUGAAAAGGAAUGUAGAAAAUAUGACGUAAAUUUUGAUUUAAAUUUGACAACUCCUGCCUGUCCUGUUAAGGAAGAAUUAGUUGCAGAAUGUAAAAAAAAAUUGAGAUUAUAUGAAUGGAUAGAAAAUGUAAAUAUUAAUAUAACAUUUAUAAAUUUUAAUGAAAAUAAUAACAAAAGAAAUCGAAUUAAUAAAAUUGAAAAUAUUAUAUUAAUAUAUAGUUGUAAAGGAGGAGUAGGGAAAUCUUUUUUUUCAGUUAAUUUUUCGUUUUACUUGAAAAAAAAAGGAGCAUCCGUUGGACUUCUUGAUGCAGAUAUUAAUGGCCCGAGCUUACCCACAUUACUUCCAUUUGAACAUACAUACGCAAAAUUUAAAAAUACAAAAAAGACAAGGAAUAAUAAAAUAUUUUAUGAAAAGGAGCUAGGUAAUUAUGACCAUAGUGAUGAUUGUACAAGUGGUAUAUCAAAGAAGGAAAUUGAACAAAAGCUGGAUUUUUUGCAUAUCCCUAUAGUUGAUCAUCACAAUGAGAAAUGGCAAAAGAUCGAUCAAAUUAAAGGUGAGAGAGGGCAGGAAAGAGCAGAUAGCAACGAGUUGAACAGUCACAGGGACAAAAUUGGCGAUAUCUAUGGAAUUGAUCGUAUUUUUAACAUUGACAACAGUGAUAACGUUAAUCGCACUAAUAAUGCUAAUCGCACUAAUAGUGCUAAUCGUUCUAAUCAACCUAAUCGCAGUAGCACAAUAAAUUUGAAAGGUAAUGAUGAUGAUGAUAAGGAAUCGCAAAAGGUCGUGAGAGAUCACGUGCCAUACCAAAAUUUGGGUGAAACGAAAAAUAACGUGCACAGAAUAUCUUACGACCAGGGCAGUGUCAAGGAUAAAGAAGUUUGUGAGGAUGAACGAAACGACGAGAAGGAGGAAGAGGAGGAAAAUGUGGAUAGACAACCCAUGAUUGAACCAUUAGUAUUUAAAGAUGUAAAAUUAAUGUCUUAUGCGUAUAUAAAAAAUAAAAAAAAUUUAGGAUUUGCUUCUUUUCGAGGGCCUAUACUAAAUGAAUUAAUAAACGAAUUUAUAAAUCAUGUAGAUUGGGGAAUCCUAGAUUAUUUAAUUAUAGACAUGCCUCCAGGAACUAAUGAUAUACAUUUAAAUUUAUUUGAAACUGAAAAAAUUGAUGGAAUUAUUAUGGUAAGUACCCCCAAUGAUUUAUCUAUUAAUGAUGUAGAAAAAGGAAUAAACAUGUGCAAUUAUUUUAAUAUACCAAUAAUUUGUCUGAUUGUUAAUAUGAGUUAUUUUAUUUGUGAUAGCUGCGAUAAAAAACAUUAUAUUUUUAAUAACUGCAAUAUGGAGGAUUUGAAAAAAAAAUUUACUAAAGUGUACGACAUUCCUUUUCAUUCCUUGUUUGCAAGAAAUGCGUACCAAGCUUGUGAUAGCAGUGGUGAUGGCAGUGGUGAUGGCAGUGGUGAUGGCAGCGGUGUACGUAGUGGUAGUCGUAGUGGUAGUCAUAGUGGUAGUCAUAGUGGUAGUCGUAAUGGUAGUCGUAAUGGUAGUCGUAAUGGUAGUCGUAAUGGUAGUCGUAAUGGUAGUCGUAAUGGUAGUCGUAAUGGUAGUCGUAAUGGUAGUCGUAAUGGUAGUCGUCGUGAUAGUCGUAAUGAUAGUCGUAGUGAUAGUCAUAGUGAUAGUCGUAAUGAUAGUCGUAGUGGCAGUCGUAGUGGUAGUUAUAGUGGUGGUUACAAUGGCGUACGCAGUGAUAGCCAAAAUGGUAGUUGCAGUGACCGUAAAAGUGGUAGGACGAAGGGAGAGUUGAAAUUCCCCUUUAUUUUGGCCUUUGAAAAGCAUUAUUUAAUUGACAAGCUAGAAUGUAUUUUUCAAAAUAUUAUAAGACAAAUUUCUAUAAUAAAAAAUAAUCAUAUGUUGAACUUACCAUCUUUACAAAUAUAUAACAAACAGUACAUUCAACUAUCCUUUGACUCGAUAGAAAAUAAAUACGUCUUUGCAGAUGAUGUAUUACUUUGUAAUAUUAAAGAUAUUCGAUUAAAAUGUACAUGUGACAUAUGCAAAUUAAAUAGGAAAAAGAAAAAUUACAAAAAAAAAAAAUUUUUAAAUCGUAAUAUUUAUGUAAAGGAUAUUAUAAAACUAGGUACGUACAAUGUUAAAAUUGUGUGGUCAGAUCAGCAUGUAUCUGUUUACUCAUAUUCUUACUUGAAACAUAUUUUUCAGAAAAAAAGGCUCAGUGGGGGAAGUGCAUAUUGCCAGGUGAGCAACAGUGAUAGGUAUGAGUGGUAG